AGCUUUUUCCGGCUUCUGUCAGCAGAGAUGAACAGCUCCUCGCGGCCGCAGCAGGGACUUCAGAUCUAAUCCACAGCGCGCGCGCGCAGGAUCGGUCACCCCGAAACCUGAAGGAGACGUCCAAAGCCCGGGACUUUCGACGCGGACCCCCGCCGCCUCCGGCGCGCUCAUGGAGAGCGGGGCCCGACUUUUCCCAACCGGAGACGGGUUGAUCAGAUGCCAUUGAUUCACCCCAGCGGCGCCUGUAGAUGCCCCCCAUCCGGGAAUAAAACGGUCGACCAAUGGCUCCCAAAAAUGCGCUGCGCUCCAAAAGUACCGGCGGUGGCCCCGGGGUCGCGGGGCUGCGUGACAAGCGUGAAGUAGAGCCGCGCGGCUCCUCUCUGACGGCGUGGAUGCGUGAAGCGGGGACGAACGGGAGCAGGACGCGGGCGCUGGAUGGGAUGCCGGCCCGGUGGUUUGUGACCAUCGGCGCGGUGCUGAUGCUGAUGAUGCAGAGCUCCUCAGCAGCUGAAGCUGAAGGAGGCCUUUAUGAGUCACUGCGGGGGGCUGACAUCCCACAGGGGCCUGUAGCACUGUCCAGUCCUACUUCAACUCCUGGGACUGAAGACAAAGAAGAGCUGGGUUCUGAUGUGUCACUUCAACCAUGGUCAGAAGUGUUUGCCAAUGCGAGAACAGCAGUCUGGACAGAAACGGAAGCAGUCCGCACCGGGGAAAAUGGCAAAGCUUUUGCUGAGACGGGGAUUGUGACAGGAACUGGUGCUUGGGUAGAAACGGGCUGGAGGCCUGUGGAAACUCAACGGCCCAACGUCCACGAAGACCCGGCUGAGUGGCCUGGACCGGAACAUCUGCAGAUGAGUAGGGAAAUAGAGAGAGAGCAGGCGGCUUUCUCCUCAGUCCUCACAGUUGUAUCAGAAAUGGCAGAGCUGCAGGCGCCAGCAGCAGCAAAGCCUUUGGGGUUACUCUCCAAAGCCGCUUGGACCAGAAGCUUGUCUUCAGUAGCAUCGAAGGCCUCAUCACCGUCUCCAGCUAAAGCGCUCUCUUUGACCUCCUCUGCUUCCCCCUCCUCCUCCUCCUCCUCAGCUUUUGUGAAUGAGAGUCAGACGGAAGCAUCCAUCAAUGUGUCUGUGGUUCCCGGGAACAUCUCCUCCAAUAACAUCACUUUGGACGAGUCGCUGAGCAGCCUGCCAGCCUGGGAUCUUCCCACUGUCCCCGAAUCCCUCCUGUCCACAGUUGGGGACCACGACGUUACACUUCCCGCCAAUGUCACCAGUCCUUUCUCCACCUUCCAGUGGAACACCACCAUGCCUCUGCGCAGCAGAAACACCUCAAGGCUCACAACAACAGUAGCCACAACCACCACAACAUUGCCAACCAUCAGCACUUCAACCAUUCCGAUUUCUACCACCACAGAAGCACCGCCAGAGUCCACCACUCCUCCUCUGAACACAAUCCAGGACACUGUGACCAAUGACAGCUUUCAGUUGACAACUGUAACCACGACAACACCAUCAACAACCACUUUUACUGUCAGCCGUGCCGAAAUGACAACGCCGGUGGCAACAACUGGGAGUGUUGUGAUGUUAUCAACUAACACCACAACUCCAACCGCCCCAGCCACACAGGAAAACCUGAUCAUCACCACCACAACCACAGCUCAGCCUACGACCACCUCUACAACCACCACCACAGCCCCCACCACCACCGUGCCCCCAACCACCACCACUACUACCACUACCACCACCAGCACAACCAUCACUUCAGCUCCCACUACCACCAUCACCACCACCACUGCACCUACAACCACCACAACCCUUCCCAGCACCACGACAAUGGCACCAAGCACGACCAUCUUCAUUCCCAUUCAGACAGCACCACCUCCAACCAUCCAGACCCCCUCUACCACCGGCACAGAGGAGGUUCCUUUGCCCUGUAAUGUGACUGAGAAGUUCUGGGUCAGAACAGUUUUGUCUAUUGAGCUGCGCAGAAACCGUCUGGACCUGAUCUUGAAACAGAACCUCUCUAAAGGAUUGAGCCACGUCUUACAGAGAGCCCUGAACGACUCCACUGCUGUCGCACAGGUAGAGCGAGACGACUGCAGCCCCCACAACGUGACUCUGGGUUACUACGUGACCAGCGGAAAGACUGUCUAUGUUUCCUCUUUUGUUGUCCAAGCCCUGAAUGCUUACGGAUUUGACAAACUUCUGUCUGACAUAAGGCAGCACACCCCACUGGUCAAAGCGGUUCUGGUCCCCGUGGCAGCCUGGCUCCCCAUUCCAAGCAUCCACCUGCAGCUGAAAACAGUGUUGAGGUUUGUUGGUCCGACAGACAACAUCUACUCCUGCAGUUUUGUGCAGAUGUUGGAGCAGCGGCUGGGGAACGCCUUCGAUGAAGCACAGGACAAAGUGUUGGAGACUUACAACAGACUUAGUGUGGAGAUCCAGAGUGUAUCCCAGGAGCCGGGCUCACCGUCAGUCACUUUGGUGUACAUGGUGAAAAACGAGGACACUAUUCUCAACGGUACCAUCUCCAGCGGCCUUCUGAACCAGCUGACGGCAGAGCUGGUGGGGUACUUUCUGUUCUAUCCACCGCUGGUCAUCGCUGAGCCACUAGAAUACCACAAUCUGAACACCUCCACAGCAACCAGGAGCUACUGGGUGAUAACAGUGAUCCAAGAUGUGGACAGCUCUUCCCUGGAGGCCAACUACCAGAGCUUUGCCAGUCUCAUGGAGCAGAGGCUGGCUGAACUGUUCCUGGUGGCUGGCAGGCAGGGCUCUCGUGCUGCAAGAUCCCGCCGGGCCAGCACCGUGGGCGGCUACACUGUACAGAUGGUGAGCAUGCGGCGGCUUCCGGGUCCCAAGAACCCAGCAGAGAUGACUUACUACACCCAGCUGAAUGGGGAACCCAUCAGUGGAACCAAUGCUGCAAAGACCCUCAGCAGUCUGGACUCCCAGACUAUGGCGCUGACGCUGGGAUACUUUGUCCAAGUGCAGGCUGAACCUGUCGUGAAGACCCCGCCUAGUAAUCUAUGGAUCAUGGCCGUUCUGGUGCCUGUCUUCUUGUUAAUGGUGGUGAUUGGAAUGGUGUCCUUCAUCUUAUGUAAGAGGAACCGAGUCAUUUUUAAAACUGGCGCCUUCAGGACAUUUAAAACCCGCUCCAAGACUUCAUAUCGAAGGGAGGGCAGUUACCACCACCAGCCUGUCCAGGGCUUCGACUAUGCAAAGAAGCACAUGGGUCGAAUUGGCGAUGAGGCAGUUUCUGUUACCAAGGAGACUCUGGCGUUGGGGCUGCCUGUGCGAGAUGCUCCUCUGACCCUGUCGCUGGAUAAGAAGGUGCACCUGGAUGGGACAGGAGGCAAGAGACCACCAUCGGCUGAUAUACACAAAGGAGGACGGUUGUCGAGUGAAGAUGGCUCGGUUUCGAGUAACGGCUCUGGGAAGAUGAAUAACAGCAAAACCUCCUCAGUCAGGAGGACUAUGACCAACAGCAGCAAAAGUGGCAAGGAGGAGCUGCACAAGAGGAGCACCAUUGAUCCAUAUGAAGAACACUCGGGCUCUCUCCGCCUCAUCACCAUUAAACCCAUGACGGCCCAGCCGACUUAUUCUUACGCCUCUCCCUCAUCACGCAGUCAGGAUUCUGUUGUUGUCAAUGGGGAGUUUUCUGGUUUACAGGCAAACCACAGUGGGCUAAAGCAGAAGUCGGACAUCGAACACUACAGGAACAAACUGCGGCAGAAAGCCAGGAGGAAGGGCUAUGGAGAGUUUUCUCUUUCUGAGAGCCUCAACCACGGUUUCAGUCACCGUGAAAGCAGACACAAUCGACAUGACAGUGGAGUCAAAGAGCUGAAGUCGAUGACCGCUGAGGAGAAGAGGGCGUCCUUUGCAGGAUGUCAUAAGAGGUACUCCCACCCUCGAGAACCCACCUACUGGAGCCGGCAGUCCCUGAGCAGCCCGAGCCCAGUGGAAACAGAGAUGGAUCUGCUGGUGCUGAGAGAGAGAUCCCGGAGGGGCAUCCGAAACAACGGCUAUGAUGGUGAACCAGAACCAUUUGAGGAGACCAACAUGGACCGGCUGAUGAGCUCCCUGGGUUACGGAGGUGGAUCCACCGGAACCGGGAACAGCAGCAUCGGGGUGAAAGCUCACCGCGGCUCAGACUCCUCCACACUAAGCUCGCAGCCAUCCAUUAACGAGGUCCGCUCACAGAUGCACAUGUUGCUAGGCAACGCCUUCAGCCUGGCGCCUCCGGACCACGACCCCCCCUCGCCUCCAACAAAUCACCGCCAUCAUCUCCACCACGCCCACAGCGCCUACAAUCCGUCCCACAGCAGCCAUUACAGCGACGGAGUGACGAGCGCCCCGGGGACCAUGAACCACCCCUGUGGAGGCAGGCAGAGGAGCUUAGGCUUUGAGGACAUGCACCAGUGCAGUCUGCCUAAACCAGGUUUCCGGUUCACUCAGCUUCCUGACAUGGGCAUCGGUUCUCCCCCACCACUCAUCCCGUCCAGGCCCGUACCGCCACCUGGGACCACAUUGCAGUGCUCCACUCCUGAUCUGAAGCCUCGUGUAUCCGAGGCAUCAGACCUGCAGGCCCAGCAGCACAACGGCGCCCCCUACCUGCCGCUCUCCCGGACGCCGUUCCCUGCUGUCACCGUCGACCAGUCUGUGAGCACCUUCUCAGGAAACCCGAUAACAGCCGUCUACGCGAUAUCAGCCAAUCGUCCGGGUUACUCAGACUACUUUGUCAUGUCUCCGCCUUCAUCCUACCGGAGCCCCUCUUGGAUGUCCUACCCUCCUGAGCCUGAAGACCUGCCGCGCCAGUGGAACGACACACCUAACUCACGUCACCUGGAGACCAUCUGCUGAAGUCGCAGCCUGCCGCACCAAACAUUCUGUAGCCUGGUCUGUCUGGUGCUCUUCACCACCUCCCUGCUGCCCCCAUCUUCACCGCCCUCCCAAACAAUGCAGAUCCUCGCAUCUCUCCUUCCACAAACCUCCUGCGCUCUGAACACCUCCCUGACCCCCGAGAUGCCCAGCCAUAGUUCUCGGUGUAACGACCGUCACUGUACAGCCAGAGGCCCCUCACACAGCUGGACUGAGCCGCACCUCCCUAAAAAACCUGGACGGACAGGGAGGGUACAGCAGAUUGUGACGAGCUCUCUGCUCCAAUGACAGAAAACUGCCGUCUGCCCAGCACACCAUGACACAGUUAUGAGAACAGUGGUGCCCCAGCCAUGGCCAGCAAUCUCUUCCUUCUUUGGACUGGCCUGGACUUCCUCUGGUCUACCAGGAAGCCAGGAAAGCUGAACUGACUUCAAACUGUGGUUUGUUUUAGUUUUUUGAUGAAUCCAGAUUCAUAUAUAAACCUUCUCCAACUGGUAAAUGUGUGUAUUUUAAACUUAAGUACGGAACAAAAAUAAGAAAAAAAAAUCGUCUUGAGCUGUCUUUGUUUUAGUUUUUGAAUAUUUAUGUGCUUCUGUUUGUUUUUUUAUUUUUGUGCAUUAUCAAUGGUUUACUGUAUAAAAAAGUGAGUGUUUUCAUUACGCUCACAGUGAUUCAAGGCAAAAAAAAAAAGAAAAGCUUGACGUUCUCUGAAGAGCAAAAAGUUGGUGGUCUAGUUGUGUGUUUGGUUCUGAUGGCAUUUUAAUUCUUUGAAAAACAACUUUUCUCUUGAUCAGAUCUGUACCUAAGUCAAGACUUGGUCUCAGUCUCGGUUGAUCAUCAGUUGAACUCGGCAGCUGAAAGUGUGCGAUUCGGAGAGGCGCCGAGGUCAACUCUUGUUUUUUACUUGUAUUGUACUGUUUGAGAAACUUUUUUUUUUUCUGUUAAUUUUAUCGUCUUAAUGAGGGACUCGUCGGGCACAGACGGGCCAAAAAAUAUACUGACUCCAUGUAUCAUUGUACAUAGCAGAUGAUUUAACGAAGAGUUUUAUGCAAGGAUUCUGGGAGGGGGACGUCAUUCUGACGCCAUUUUGCUUUUGAAGAACGCUCUGACUGUUUCUCUCCUGAAGGAUGAGCUGUACCUGCUGCAACAAAGACAGUUGGAUGGAGCUCUGCAUUCACAGCAUCCAUAAUAUUUCAGUGAUGCUGAUAGCCAUAAUAGUCAAAAUACUGCAAUGUUUUAUUUUUAUUUUUUAGCAGUAAGAGAGCUCUAUUAUGUAUUUGCCCCCAUUUCUCUUGAGGAACGCUGGGAUUCUGUGAGCACACUGAUGAGAUUUGAUUCAGGAGAUUAUAGCCAUAUAUGUUAACGGCAACAGGAAAUUACAGUACCGUGUCAAAUGAAAUGGCACUAAAUGAGAGUUUAUAUGAAAUCCUGAGGCACAGAGUAGAGUUAUUGCAAAUAAACAGGUACAGUACAGAUGUGGGAAUUAGAGGGAAACUUUUAAUAAAAAGCAAAAGCUUUAGGAAGAGUUGCUCUUAUUGUGGACAGAAAUAGUAUCAAAGAACAUUUGCUUCCUGGAAUAUUGUGAAAAAAGGGAGAAACCCUAAAUAAUCCAAAUCAGUCUUCUAAUAUAACAGAGUAAAAUAAAGGAAGCUCCUUGCAGAAAUGUAGGAGGCUGUUUCUGAAAUAUGCUUUGUAUUCACUGGUGCAAAAGAAGUCUGACAUUCUGUUGUAGCUUUUUUAAAACUUUUUUUAAUCAUAAUUGCUGUGAAAGUGACACAUUAUGAGCAUAAUGUCAUCUAAAAACCACUUUGAUGUCACUUUUGGUUUAAUUGGGAUCAAAAGCAGCUUCUCGCUGUCAUGAAACUGAUAUUUUCAAGCUGUGUUUAAUUAUUGACCUCAGUAAUUUCAAAAUAACAGCUCCUUAUAUGUAUAAAGAUUAGAGGGAAUAUUUGAAGCUCUCAUUGGAGAGUGUUUUUGCAGAAAGAAGUGAGGCUGUGUUCUUUCAGUUUCCGAGCGUGGAAUAAUGGAAAGAAUCAAAAACAGACGCUGCUUUCUUUUGGGCGCUCACACAGUGCUUUUGGUGUUUUUGUCAUUGAUGUCAUUGCAGAUGAUUCGCAUCGGCGUCUUCGGAGGGAAAACACGGAUUUUAUUUAGGCGGAUCCUUUUUUUUGGGUUUUUAUGGACAAAAAAUGUAUGAGAACCUGAUGAUCGAAGUUGACAUUUAAUGCUUUACUCUGAGGGAGGGGAAGGGGGUCUUUCAGCCAUUAGAGUCACAACAGGACACUGUGACACCGCGGCUGCGCUGAUGAUGUCACACAAUCGCCACCUGGGCGUGGAGGAGGUCAUGGUGGCGCCAGUGAACACUGAUGGAUGUAGUUAUGCAGAAAACUUUUUGGUGAAUUUGAACAAUAAAUACAAGUUUCAUUCUCAA